UUGUCAUUAAAGUGAGGUUAUGUCAUAUUUAUUAUUUGAAAAUUUUGAUAUUUAUAUUUAACAGAAAUAAUGUCGUUGAACGUGUGCAGAAGUAUUACGCCGUUGCUGAAAAACUUAGUUAAUUCACAACACAACUGCUUCAUACACACCUCAUUGUUUCGCAACUCGUGUAGCAGGUCCUUUUAUUUAUGUAAUAGUAAUAAGUUAGACGUAAGAUUGUACUCGACCGAUACCAAAAACCAGUUAAAGCACGUCUAUUACGGCGUCUUGACACCGCAAAUAAAAGCUGUAAAGAUAUUUUCGUUGUCUUCGAGUGUAGUGGGCGUUAUAGCUCAGCCUUUUUUGUACAAUGGAAUAGUGCAAAGCGGUAGCGCUUCAGUGAUAGCAGCAACAUAUGCAUUCGUUGGAUUUUUCACAGUCGUAACGCCUCUUCUCCUGCAUUUCAUCACGAGAAAAUACGUUACUCACUUGGAAUACAAAGAAGCUACGGACUCUUACGUGGCGAGCACCAUAAAUUUCCUCUGCAUGAGGAAACAGACUGAAUUUGCAGUUAACGAAGUUGUGGUACCGGAUAUACCUGGAAUGUUUACCACAUUACUCGCGAAAGGAAGGCCAUUGUUUAUGGAUCCCCAGUUUUUCGAUGAUCCCCAUCAUUACGCUAGGAUCAUGGGAUUGGACAAACCUAUGGAUUUCAAAUUGUACCAACAGCCCCAAAAAGAGUAGAUAUCUCAAAGUUGGUAAUUUGUUAUGAAUAAUUAAAACAUAGUUUUUUUUUUAAUUUCCUCUUAUAUCACCGAUUAGGGAGUAUAAAAACCAAUACUAAGGUAACAAAAUUAAAUCGUAUAUUUCAGUAUAAAGAAAACAAACACCUCGUGAAG